CUCUCUCUUCUCUCUGUCCAGACAAAAUUCAAACAAAAAUUCCACUUGUAUUGACUUACUAGAAUUACAAAUAUUGGGGGGUCUUCUCUUCUUCAACCCAUUUCCACUCUUUCUUCCCUUCCUCAAAUUCUUUCUCUGAUCAAUUCUUAUUUUAUAUUAAUUAAUAAAAUGCCAGCUUGGUGGGGUAAGAAAUCUGGGCGGAGCAAAGAGUCGGACAAUUGUUCAUCAUCAGUGAAGCAUGAAAAGAAGAGAGAGAAACUAAUUGAGAUUAAAUCCAAGAGCUUUGACGAGGUUCUACAAUCAAGAAAUUCUCCCAGAAACAGCCGUGAUUUUUCUCCAUCCGGGUUUUCCGGGUUCGAUUCUGCGUCCUCGUUCGAUAGAGCCCACCCUUUGCCCAGGCCUUCGGAUCCAUCAAAUGGAUCCGGGUCGGGCUCCGUUUCCAGUGUCAGCUCUUCCGGGUCUUCCGAUGAUCAUACCCAUGCCCCAGUCGAUCAUACUGCUUCUAGAUUAAGUCCGUCGCCACGAAGCCCUGUUCGAGGUUCGAGGUGUACAAUACCAACUGCCACGUCACCUCUUCACGCACGGAUUAAUGGUGUUAAUUUGGAAUCUCCAGACGGCAAAACCGAGGGUCAUAGACUGCCCCUUCCACCCGGUUCUCCGAUUAGCCCUUCCACAUUACCAACCCUAAGAAGCCCUGUAAUAAACGAAGGCUCGGUUAGCAAUUCUUCGAAAUGGAGAAAAGGGAGGCUUCUUGGAAGAGGCACAUUUGGUCAAGUUUACCUCGGUUUUAAUAGUGAGAACGGGCAAAUGUGUGCAAUUAAAGAAGUUAAAGUUGUUACAGAUGAUCAAUCAUCGAAAGAAUGUUUAAAGCAACUCAACCAGGAGAUAUCCUUGCUAAGCCAGCUUUCACAUGCGAAUAUCGUCCAAUACUAUGGAAGUGACCUGAGCGAAGAAAGGCUAUCGGUUUUUUUGGAGUAUGUUUCCGGAGGUUCCAUUAAUAAAUUACUGCAAGAAUAUGGGGCCUUUACGGAACCUGUUAUACAGAAUUACACUCGUCAGAUUCUACACGGUCUUGCUUACUUGCACGGACGCAAUACAGUGCAUAGAGAUAUCAAAGGAGCAAACAUUUUAGUAGAUCCGAAUGGUGAAGUAAAACUUGCUGAUUUCGGCAUGGCGAAACAUAUAGCAUCGUGUUCUUCAAUGCUGUCCUUCAAAGGAAGCCCGUACUGGAUGGCACCUGAGGUUGUAAUGAAUACAAAUGGAUACAGCCUUCCUGUGGAUAUAUGGAGCUUGGGUUGCACAGUUCUUGAAAUGGCAACGUCUAAACCGCCUUGGAGCCAAUACGAAGGGGUUGCUGCGAUUUUUAAAAUUGGGAAUAGUAGAGAUGCUCCGGAGAUUCCGGAUCACUUAUCUGCCGAUGCAAAAAGUUUUAUAAGGCUAUGUUUGCAGAGGGAACCGUCGGCACGGCCCACCGCAUCCCAACUACUCGGGCACCCUUUCGUUAGAAAUCAAACGACACCACGAACAACCAAUGUCAAUAUUACAAGAGAAGCAUUUCCCCGUGCCUUUGAUGGAAAUCGCACUUCGACGGCUUUGGAGAUGCACUCGAGCAGUAGAACAAACAACACCCCUUCCGACAGAGAUGAUGCUGCAAGAUUAAUAUUACCAAUUAGGACCCUAAUUAGCCGCAGGGAUAACACAAGGGCAAUAACGUCAUUGCCUGUAUCGCCCUCCUCGAGCCCGCUACGACAGGAUAGAUACAAGAGCUUUUUCCUUUCUCCACCAAACCCGAAUUCAUAUAGUACUUGUAAUAAUAAAUAUACCGAUCUCUCGAUAUCUCCACUAAUAAAGCCCCACUUAAGAAACCCUACAAGAACCAUGCUAUAGACCCUUCCAAAUUUGUUUUGAAAGUUUUGAAGUUUGAACCCCUUGCGAGUACGAUUUAACCGCAGUUGAACAAACUAGAGUUGAUUGCUUCCUCGAAGUACGAAGAUCUGAGGGUCGUCGCAUUGGCUGGACGGUAAGUAUUACGGUGAAACAGAAUAUUGUUACGUCCGGUGGAUAUAUAGUUUUAUCGUGUAUAAUGUGCAUGUAAAUAGACCAGAGGUGUUGUGUGGGAUAUAUUAUAGAUGGGAAUGAUUACCAUUAGUUGCAAGCCUUCUCUUUUGGAAUGAUUUGCUGAUUUAGAACAUGGUGAAUCCCCAUGCAAUUUGAUAAUCCAUCACAUAUAUUA